UCUUCAUCGAUUUAGUUAUUAAUUAAUGAUCGAAAAAAUCGCUCAUGUCGUCUUUAACAAACAAUUGCAAGAUCAUGCGCCCUGAUAUCAACAUCGAUAUUUCAUCGCACGAACAAUUUGGCGGCAUUGGUGGUGGUUGUAUAAUGCCAUUUCAAUGUCAUAAUAUCAAUUUAGAACAACAACAUAGUCAGCAGCAGCCAUAUCGAAGUACCACGGUGACCGAUUGUCAUAAAGAUGAUGAUGAUGACUGUGAAGAUCUUUUCAUGAUCGCGUUGAGCGAACAACCAGAUCAUAGAAAUUCCUCGCCUAACUUAUUAAAAGUUCGUUCGAAAAUAAUCACAUUAUCUAGUAAUCAUAAUUGUGAUGAAAAUAAACAUUCUACGAUUAUGAUGAAUAUCAAGUCAUCAUCACGGCAACCAUUCAAAAGCAGCGGUGGUGGUAGUUCUACAACAAGUGGAUGUUCCACGCAAAGUUCAUCAUCAUCAUCAGUAUCGAUGCCUUCAGCAUUACAAUUGUUUCGCAAUCAAUCAGCUACGAAUAUGCUUGUUAACAGCGAUGAUCAUAUCCAUUUUCCCGCCAACAAUAAUAGAAUAGAUGUUGUGGAAACAAAAGAUGAGAUAUCACCUAAUUUAUCAUCACGGGCAUCUAGGCGUCAUUAUUCAUUAACUCCAUCAUCAAGCACAUCAUUAUCUUCAUCAUCGAUUACAUCUUCGCCAUCACCUUCGAUUCGUCCGUCGGAAACACAGUGGGAAAAGAUUGGUCAUUUUAUCGAAUCCUACGAGCAAAGUUUACUUCAAUGUUUAUCCAGCAUUCAACAACAAUGGAUACAUCAACAAUCAUCGACUAGUCACACAAUAAAUAACAACAAUCAUGGCAUCAAUGAUUGUGAUGAUAAUGAUCAUCAUCAUGAUGCUGACGAAAGUCAGGAUGUUAAUGACGAAGAUCUUUUUCAAUCAACAUCAUCAAAUGGUUUUAAUAAUAGUUAUAAAAAUAGUGAUCGCAUCAAUCAUAGUAUCCCUACUCUACAACAAUCCAACAAAAGCAAUGUUAACAUAAAAUCAUUGACAUCAUUACCUAAUGAUGAUAGUAGCAACAUUAAAAAAAAGUCAUGUUAUAUUGUUAAAAAACCAAGCACCAAUAAAUUAGUUAUCGCUGCUGAUUCCUCAUAUACAUAUCGAUUGCAAUUACGUAGUUGGAUUCAAAUACAAUUGGAUAAAGUUGUCCAUCUUCGAGAACAAUACGAACAUGGAAAGCACUGUCAAGAAGCAUUGGUCAAAAUGGCCAAAUUAUCCACACAUAGUGGCAGUAAUAGAUGUCGAAAAAAUUGCUAUCGUGAAUGGCGCUCGAAUGAACGAAUGCUACAAUCAUUGGCCAACAGGUUGCAAUUGAUGAUUGGUUCAUUUGAAAUUCGUGUCGAAGACAUUGAAGGUUGGGCUCGUAUAUGUCCGGGUGAUUAUUAUGAGUUGGAAUUCCGUCAUGGACAACAACGGCAAAUUUUGCGUGUCAAAAUUGUUGGUAGCCAAUUACAAAGAAUAUGGGACUUGGACCGUAACAUCAUUAGAUUUCAUGCUGCCCUUCAAUCACACAUUACUUGCAAGAUAAAAGAAAUGAAAUCUGGAUUGUGGAGGUCUUUAGCAGUUUGGCCAUCAAAAUAUCGUUAUGUCGACAUUGGUACAACUUCGAUUUCGUUGACAGAGUUAUUCCAAUCAGUAGCCGAACAAUGUCCCUUGCUGGUUGAUUGUAAUCCAAGUGGAUCUCUUAAAUUACGGCUAAAUUGUCACUGGAAUCCAAGUUGUCAAGAUGAAAUCAACAUUGAUAUUUUUGAAAAAGAGUCUACAACACGUAGAUCUAACCUUCGAAUUCUUUCUUCAUCAUCAGUUCAUUCGAUUGAAAGUAAUUCCUGUAUGGUUAAUUCUGAAAAGCCUGUUUCAAUGAUGAAACGAAAGUCUAGUGAUCAAGUGGAACAUCAGCGACAACAAAAAGAGUCAUUCGGUAUAAAUCGAAAUCUAGCUCGUUCAUUACUAUCUUUGCCAACAUUCAAUUCUUCAUUAGAUUUGGGUGAUGCUUCAAGCACACUUCCUCUUCGAAUAAAAACCAUUGAAUCUAAUCAUCAUACAGAUGGCGUCGAUGUUUUCGAUAAGAGCGAUUGUAUUUCGAGCUCAGGUUCAUUGUCACAUUAUGCUUUGAAGCCUUGCUCACGAACAUCAUCAGUUUCUACAUCCCCUUGUUCGAAUGAAGUAAAUAAUCAUUUGGAAUCAAUGGUAGUGAUGCUGCAAACGUUAAAAACCUUAUUACAAGAUCAUUAUGGUCAAUCAAUUGAAAUCACAAUCCUGUCACAAACAGUUGCACGAUUGAUUACUUUGUAUGAACGAUUGAUGACAAAACUAACUACAACUCAACAAUUCAAUCUUUCUAACAAAGGGCAUUUUAAUGAUUUACUCCGUGUUAAUGAUAACAAAUGUUUUUCUCAUGAUCAGCAUCAAACAAACGAGUUUAUUGAACAAGCUUUCGAAUUUCUCGAUCAAUCGGACUUUGAUGACCAUGAUAAUUAUAAAAGACAAACCCGUAUUCGAGCUUCAUUUGAUUCGAAUGAAUGCGGUCUAUUAAAUAGGUCACAUCAACCGCCGAUUUCAGAAUCUUUACUAGAUUGCCAGAAUGAUCACGUUGAAAUUAAUGAAAUGAUUUCUCAAUGGAAUAGAUUACUCACUAUCCACAUUGAAUCAGCCACCAAACAACUUCUAAAUGUUGGAACUUGGAUUUUGAAAUCAAGAGAACAAUGUGCAUUUCUUCGUUUACAAGCCGAUACAUUUGCUAUGGAACAAAUUUACUUAAUUUUAUUGUUUAUUCUCAAAAACUGCAAUCGGAAUCAGAAUUUCAAGUUGCCUAACAAUCAACCUUUUGGUCAAGAUAGCCGAGUUUUGGAAUUAGUUAGAUAUCUUUGUCCAUCGAAUAAUGAUUAUUCUUUGGUCUUUACAUUUGAUCAAUUUUUUCAAAUCUUAUUGUCGGUGAUGCGAAUUCACAUUUUGAUAAAUGAAGCAGGCAUCAAUGAUUUUGAAAAAAUAGAUACUUUAUUCCAAAACUCAACUCAAUGGUUGGCAUCAUCGAUAUUUUCCUGUGGAAGCAGUUGUUUCUAUUUAUUUGGCAGCCAAAAACAGCCAUCAGAAACUGAUUUGAUUACCAUAUUUCAUGUUCGUGCAUUUUUUGAAUUGAAUCUUUAUAAUAAUCAUAAUUACCACCAUUUCUAUUAUCGUCAUUCAAAAAAUAAUGUCUCAAUGAAGCAAAUCCGAACGCAUCCAAUUCAUUUGGCUGAUUUUUUUCACACAGCUUUUGAUCUGAAUUGUUUAAUUGCCAAAAUACGUACAAGAAAAUGGCCUUUGUUGAAUGUUGAAGCGAUUUUGUUCAAAAGGUUUAGUCCACGCUGUGAAUGGCUACCGCCAGAUUUAACAUUGCUUUUGUUCAAUCUUAUUCAUGAACAUCAUUGUAUUCACGAAUCUAUUGCUCGUAAAAAUUGUAUCUCAAACAGUAAUCAUGAAUCAUCUCUUUUUAAUUCGGCACGAUCUCUUGGUGAUGUUAAAAAAUCUGAUCGUUUACGCGAAUUAUCACGCUUAAUCAAUCAAUGGUUAAUGUGGCAAUGUCAACAAUCACGAUUCGAGGUUCGUGAACAUAUACUUAUUGGAUUGGAAUGUUCAUGUCCAUUCACUCGCCAAGCAUCUUGCUAUGGUAUAAUGCAUCUUUUUCGUCUUAUGCAACGAAUUCAAUCUACUAACCUGACAUCAUCAAUGACUAUGAAAGUAUUUUAUGGCAAAGAGUUGGAUUGUCUUCUGUACCUGUCAAUGGAGGAUGCUGAUAGUCGAGUACGUGAUGAGGCUAAAAAAUCACUCCAAUACUUGAGCUCCGUAUUGGGCAAAAAACUGGAAAGUGACCAAAUGUCUUUCGUUUCACCCGGAAGCUUCCCUAACAGAAAAGCUAACAUUAAUGAUUGUCCAACAUCACAACCGUCAAGAAAUUCACCCUCACAACCAAUUUCGAUGUUCAGAAAUAGUCAUAGUUGGAUUACUAAGCAUACGAAGCCUACAGUAGUAGCAAAUUCAAUUCUGCGAACUAGUAUGCCUGAUUUGUCCAGUCUUGCUUUCGAUCUGGAAUCGAUCCAAUUAAAAUGACAUUGAAAAUUCUAUUAAUAAAAUUGAUUGAUUGUU